AAGAAACGACAUCUCACAUACAGUACAUCACCCAACAUCGAGCAGACCGGAGCUAUGUUUGCCUUCUAGAACUCCACGAUGCAUCAUCCACUCAUCCAGCUCAGUGAUGGACUGGCUCACAGUGGUUGCCGAACGCUUUUAUACACCAUGAUCGUCUUCCUUGUCCUUCUACAGUCCGGUGACGGUCAGCAUCAGGUGGUUGGUCCAUCUCAGCCAAUACGGGCAACAAUUGGUGAUGACAUCAUUUUGCCAUGCCACUUGGAGCCUGCCAAGGAUGCUUCUGACAUGAAGUUGGAGUGGGCGAGACCUGACUUGAACCCUAGGUUUAUACAUGUGAGGGCAAACCGUCAAGAAUACGUAAUUCACAAACAGCCAUCAUACAAAGGAAGAACAUCGGUGUCCAACGACAAACUGAAGCAUGGAGACGUUUCACUGACACUCUCCAAAGUGAAAGUCUCUGAUGAAGGAUUGUACAGAUGCCUCAUUCCCUCACUGAAUCAAGCAGCUUUUAUUCAACUUAUUGUUGGUGCCGUCUCCUCACCUGUAAUCAGUUUAGAGAACAGAUCCAGCAGGAGAGUGGUGUUACAGUGUGAGUCUGCAGGCUGGUAUCCAGAGCCUGAGGUGUUGUGGCUGGACGGUGAGGGAAAGCUCCUCUCUGCUGGACCUACAGAGACAGUCAGAGGUCCUGAUGACCUCUAUACUGUCAGCAGCAGAGUGACUGUGGAGAAGAGACACAGCAACAGCUUCACCUGUAGAGUCCAGCAGAGGAACAUCAACCAGACCAGAGAGACACACAUCCAGGUUCCAGUCCUCUCUAUGUAUGUGAAGUGUGUCAUGGCUCCUGGCUUGGUCUGUGUCUGUCUUUCCGGUGUCCUCACAGUACUUGGAUGGAGACCAAGGUUGAUAGUGGUUCGUCAAUAUUUAAAUGAGAGGACUCAGAGGACUGACAACCAUGAAACAGCAGGAACAGAAAACCAAACGGCUCCACUGCAGCAAGAACUUCAGGCACAUUGGUUUUCUAGAAAGCUGUUGAGCUUUCAGUGUCAUCAUGCUGGAGUAUCACAUGUCAAGUAUGGGAAGAGGUCCACCGCUGGGCUUCCAGGUAGCAGAGACUCUGUUAUUGUGAAGGAAAGAGGAAGUAUGGUGCUGAUCUGCGACUUUGGAAGCAAAGCAGGUGCUGUCUCCACGCCCAUCAUAGAGAUCAGAUCAUAUUACAAUGGAAGUGUGGUGUUACAGUGUGAGUCUGCAGGCUGGUAUCCAGAGCCUGAGGUGUUGUGGCUGGACGGUGAGGGAAAGCUCCUCUCUGCUGGACCUACAGAGACAGUCAGAGGUCCUGAUGACCUCUAUACUGUCAGCAGCAGAGUGACUGUGGAGAAGAGACACAGCAACAGCUUCACCUGUAGAGUCCAACAGAGGAACAUCAACCAGACCACAGAGACACACAUCCAGGUUCCAGAUGAUUACUUCAUGGACCUGCUCUCUUCUAGCUGGAUUUGGAGCAACACACUUGCUAUUAUUGCUGUCGUACUGUCAGUUAUUUUCAUACUAUUAUGUCAGUGGAGAUAGAACUAUGAUAUGUUAAUAUUAUCUGAUCUAUAAAUAUCUAUGUAACAUUGUAUUAUCUAGCAGACUCUUUCAUAUAGUUUCUGUUUGAGUAUAGUAAGAAAACGACUUAUUGCUAACAUGAACAAACUGAUAAAACAGAG